AUGGCACCGCCGGAUGGUUGGAUCCAGCAAAAGCCAAAGUCACCGCACUCGAGGCAUUCCUCACCGCGAGCCCCCUGCAAACGCAGCUUAUCACCCAAAAAUGAAAAAAAAACUCUGUGGCAGUUUAUCAGGGAGAACAAUGUCACCAAAAGAAAUCCCGCAUUUUAUAAGAAUAGCUGGGAACUCUUUAUCCAUUCAAUGAAAGGAGCUUUCACUCAAACGGAUAAAGAGUUCCCAGGCUUGAGUAAAAAUAAGAAUAAAUUGCUGAAUUUAAGAAAAAAGGCUUCAGUCUUUACGGCUGCAACUUCACUUUUGAAACAGAGACUGAAGCGAACAACCACUUUUUUCGACAUGAGUUCCAAGAAGUUUAUAUUUUUCUCCGACCAGGUCGUCACAUUCUGUGCUACGUUUGCAAAUAUUCCGCUCCAAGAUCAUACUAUUUCCGGAUUGGAAGUAGAAUUGGAGGAUUUGGAACGUAGAUGGCGACAGUUGGUACAGAUUUACGAAUCCGAGAUGACUUCGGAGAAUCCAGUUAAUACUGAGGAGGAAAGGGUGUCAACACACUCUAAAUUUGGAACGACAUGCAAGGCAUAUAAGGAAUGUAAGGCAUCGAUCUUAGAUUUGCUUUUCAUCGAGAAGCAAAAGCAGAUUAAGACACAGGCGAAUGGAAGUGAAAUUCGGCAGGAUUUACAAACUGUUGACACGGGAUACUCCCUGAAAGUUCCUCCGUGUGAUACGGAGAUUUUUAGUGGGGGUUAUGAGAAAUGGCCCAGCUUUAGGGACAUGUUUACUGCCAUAUACGGCAGACAUCCAAAACUGUCACCAGCUCAGAAGCUAUUUCACCUAAGAGCGAAAACUCGGGGGGAAGCAAAUCAGAUAGUUAAAGGAUUUGCUCUUACGGAUUUGAACUAUGAGUUGGCGUGGAAGGCUCUUAAGGAACGAUAUGAGAAUAAGCGUAUUCUCAUUAACCACCAACUCAGAAAGAUUUUCGAUCUUGAAAUGGUUUCUACGGAAAAGAGUAAGAGUUUGCGCAACCUUCAGUACACAAUCAACAAUUGUUUGUCUGUCUUGAAAUCAUAUAACAUUUCUGUUAUUGCAUGGGAUCCAAUUUUGGUUUUCUGGGUUUCCUCGAAGUUACCACAAGAAACCUUGUCGGCUUGGGAAGGUUCUAUACAGAACCAUAAGGAUAUGCCUACUUGGAAUCAACUUAACGAGUUCCUUUCCAAUCGUCUGGAUCUUUUGGAGUCAAUCAGCGAUAUCCGAAGACCAGGAACAAAUACCGGGACAACGUCUCAGAAAUCUCAGAGUUAUAUGGUGAAAUCUGAUGCAACGCCUCGGGCUUGUCGAGUUUGUCAAAAGAACCAUGCUCUACGGCAAUGUUCGAAAUUUAUAUCCAUGUCUCUUACGGAGAAAAGGGAAUUUAUUGCACAACAUAAGAUCUGUGAAAAUUGCUUGUCUUACGGACAUAAAGUGACGGAUUGUAGGAUCAAGAAAUUGUGCCAAGAAUGUAACCAGACUCAUCAUACGUUGUUACACUCACGGCCUGAUCGCAAUGAGCCUCAAAAUCCUUCCUCUUAUCAUAUUGCUACGCAAGAAGAAGAGGAACCGUCUUCAUUCCACCCUCCGAUGGAUGAAGUACAAAUGAAUUUUUCGGAAUCUGGCCACGGAACGAUUCUUCCAACAGCAUUGAUUGAUUUGGAGCAUUUGGGUAAUCGUUUCACGAUUCGAGCUUUCCUAGACCAAGGUUCUCAGGAAACGUUUAUCGCUAACAGGAUCGUUAGUCAACUGGGAAUUCCAACAAGUAAAUCUUUUACGAAGAUAUCUGGACUUGGAGGUACAGUACUGGAAACUUCAUCUAGGGUUUGCAACCUGAAGUUAAGAUCAAGGAGGUCGAGUUUUGUCUUGGAAACGAUGGCAAUAGUUAUUUCUAACUUGAAUCAUCUCAUGCCAUCCGCAACACAUCAAAUAGAUGAUUGGACAGGUUUGAAUCAGCUCGAGUUGGCGGAUCCAUUUUUCUACAAGACUGCAAAAAUCGAUAUGUUGAUUGGCAGUGACAUUCUUCCAUGUGUGUUGAAAACUGGGGUUCACAGAAACAUUUCAGAAAACCUGUUGGCACAGGAAUCUGAGUUUGGGUGGUUCAUAAGUGGCCCACAAAAUUCAAGAUGCGUUACUACGUUCGCAGCUUGGGCAAGUCAUUGUACUACCUCCCUUAAUGAUGCAGUGAGGAAGUUUUGGGAGAGUGAAGAAAUUCCUGAGGAAAUUCAACAAUCCGAAGAGGAUUUGGAGUGUGAACAAAUCUACAAAGACACCACUCAACGUCAGGAUAAUGGGCGAUAUAUUGUCAGGCUCCCCUUUAAGAAAGAAUUUCCCCAGCAAAUGUCCUUAGGUUCGUCAAGAAGGACGGCUUUAGGCCAAUUUUUUAGAAUGGAGAAGACAUUAAAGAAUUCCCCAGCUCUAUCAGAAGAAUAUAACAGAGUACUCCAAGAGUAUUUGGUACUAGAUCACAUGACCGCGGUUUCAGCUGAUGAAUUAUGUAAUGGCAAAUCUUAUAUGUCAUUUUACUUACCACAUCAUGCGGUAGUAAAGCCCGAACGAACUUCUACGAAGCUCCGGGUAGUAUUUAAUGCGUCGAAAAAGACGACAAGUGGAUUCUCUUUAAACGAUGUUCUUUACACUGGGCCUACUUUACAGAACGACUUAAUGAACGUAAUUUUACGAUGGCGAUUAUUUCAAUAUGUGUUCAACGGCGACAUACAAAAAAUGUAUCGCCAGAUAUUGGUAGAUGAACGUGAUCAACAAUAUCAAAGGUGCAUAUUUAAGAAGACAUUAACGGAUCCCGUACAGGAUUUUGCGCUAAAAACCGUCACAUUUGGGGUAAAUUGUGCUCCAUACCUUGCUAUCAGGACACUAUUGCAACUGAGUACCGAUGGAAAGAAGACUCAUCCAGCUGCUUCCGAUAUAUUGCGACGUGACAUUUACGUUGAUGAUGUUUUGUCUGGUGGACAUUCGAUAAAUGAAGCGAAAGGACACUUGACAGAAUUAGUAGAUUUGCUGGCUUCUGCUGGAUUUCCAUUGAAGAAGAUUACGGCAAAUCACGCCGACAUUCUUCAGACUGUCCCAGCAGAAGACCUGUUGGACCAAGAUUUCUUGAAGCUGGAAGACUCCAGUGACACGAAAACUCUAGGAAUCCGGUGGAAUGCGAUGAUGGAUGUUUUUUACUAUAAUGUCUACGACAUUAACAAUUUGAAAGAGACCAUUACUAAACGAACCAUAUUGUCAAUUGUGGCUAAAUUGUUUGACCCUGCAGGUUGGUUAACCCCUAUAAUUAUAACAGCAAAAAUGCUGUUACAACAGCUCUGGAUUGAUGGCACAGACUGGGACGAAAAGGUUAAGCCACACUCGUUAGAGAAAUGGUUCGCAUUUGUAGGAAACUUUUCGAAAAUUCCGGAAAUUAGAAUACCUCGUUGGAUUGGAUAUAGACCCCAGAAGGUUAUUCAAAUUCACGGGUUUUGCGACGCGUCCGAGAAAGCGUACUGCGCGUGCUUGUACAUUCGUGUAGUGGAGGCUGAGGAUAGAAUAUCAUGUCAACUUUUGGUGUCAAAAAGCAAAGUGGCUCCAUUGAAAACAAUUAGUCUUCCAAGGUUAGAACUUUGUGGGGCAGUAUUACUUGCUCGUCUCACAAGGUCCACAUGUGAACAUCUGAAUUUCAAACAGCGGGAUAUUUAUUUAUGGUCUGAUUCUACGAUCACCCUGGCUUGGUUGAGCAAACCACCCUAUCAGUGGAAGACUUAUGUGGCAAAUAGAGUUUCUAGAAUUCUCGAUCACGUCGGGAAUGCCAAUUGGUUACACGUGAAUAGCGGAGAUAAUCCCGCCGAUUUAGGAACUCGAGGAUGUACUACAACGGAACUAAAGGAAAACAAACUUUGGUGGAAUGGACCGAAAUGGCUUAAAGGCCAAAUUUCUGACUGGCCACAACAGCCGAUAUUGACACAACAUUCUUUGGAAAAGAAAACUAAUGCCUUUCAAACUCUUACAGAGCAAGAAGAUAUAUUAGACAGAUUUUCUUCAUACCACCGUGCCCUCCGGGUUUUGGCUUAUAUGUUCAGAUUUAUUAGAAACUGUCGCCGGCAGAUUGGUUAUAUUUCUCCUAACGGACUAAUAACCUCGGAAGAACUGAAUUUCGUGAAAUACCGCGCUAUAAUUAUUUCACAACGUGCAUAUUUUCAUAGGGAGUACGAUUCCUUAAUGUUGAAUUCCACUAUCAACGUAAAAAGUAGGCUUUUGACAUUAAAUCCCUACUUAGACAAAAAUGGACUCUUACGAGUAAAUGGAAGGCUGUCGAACUCAGAUUUGAGCUUCAACGAGAAACACCCGAUCAUUCUUCCGGAGAAGUCGAAAUUAUGCAAGUUAUUGGUGGAUUUUACUCAUCAAAUUCUGAUGCAUGCAGAACAUCAAACUAUGCUUCGAUCCAUACGCCAGGAAUUUUAUGUUAUACGCCUUAAAAAUGUUAUUAGGCAAUGUAUAAGAACUUGCAAAAUCUGUACGAUAUAUAAACAUAGGAUUCGUAGUCAAAUUAUGGCAGCUUUGCCGCAGGAAAGAUGUAUAUAUUCACCUCCUUUUACGAAUACCGGGGUAGAUUUUGCAGGGCCGUUUGAAAUCAAAACUUCUAAAUUGCGAAAUGCUAAGUUGGAAAAAGGUUAUGCUGUUGUAUUUGUAUGUCUUUCCACUCGUGCUAUACAUCUAGAAGCAUGUUCAUCCCUUAGCUCUGAGGCCUUUUUAGCUACUUUUGAUCGUUUUGUUGGUAGGAGAGGAUUUCCAGUCAAAGUCUUUUCGGACAACGGCACCAACUUCGUUGGCGCUAAUCGAAUACUUGCAAAUGAAUAUAAAAACUUUUUAAAAUUGGCGGAAAAGGCAUUAGUGGAGAAAUACAGCAUUCAUGGUUUCUCAUGGCAUUUUAUUCCCCCCCAGGCCCCCCAUAUGGGUGGUUUAUGGGAAGCUGGGGUAAAAAGUAUGAAGGCCCAUCUCAGGAAAGUUGCGGGAAAUCUGAAGUUUACAUAUGAGGAAUUUUCUACGCUGCUGAUACGCAUUGAAAGUAUUCUGAAUUCUAGACCCCUUUCCCCGAUAAGCGAAACUCCUUCGGAACUCGUGGCACUGACUCCAGGACACUUCUUGAAGGGUUCCCCUUUAGUCGCAGUUCCUGAGGAGUAUUCCGAUAAUAUGUCUCUCAUUAGUCGAUGGCAACGCCUGAAGGUUUUACAACUUCACUUUGCAAAGCGUUGGAAGAAUGAAUAUAUUUCCGAGCUACAAAGGAGAUAUAAGUGGAAGACCUUACAGAAGGACCUAAAGGAGGAUGACUUAGUGGUUAUCAAAGAUGAUAACUUACCUCCAACGGAAUGGAGCUCCCAAAAGUGCAAAGUCUGUCAGGAGAGACAUCAUUUGCGAUUUUGCCAAAAAUUUAACAACAUGGAAGUUUUAGAGCGUGUACAGACAGCGAAAGAAAAAGGAUAUUGUUUUAAUUGCCUCUGUGCCUCUCAUACGAGGGAAUGGUGUCGAUCUCGGAACACCUGUGCAGUUUGUAACCGAAACCAUCACACUAAACUUCACGUGGAUCGCCAGAAGCCAAAACGGGAUUCAAAACCAUCCUCUAUUCGCCAAAGUUCGCCUUCAUCUACAUCACGUCGAACGCCUUCCCAGAAAUCUGAUGGGUCGCAAGUCAGUCAAAACAAGGAAAUUAAGGAUUCAAAGAUGAAGCGCCGUCUUGGAGGAAGGUCUAAACGGCAUGUUUUUAUGCCAACUGCAUUAGCUCGAGCAAUCACUGUUGGCGGUACAAACAAGACACGAAUUCUGUUAAACUCAGGCGCAACCCAGACAGUCAUUUUGAAGUCAUUUGUCAAAAAUCAACAGCUUCAAACCACGAACAAGAAUGGAAAAGUAUUUUGUACCGUAAACCUUCAAUCUUUCCAUGACAGCACAGUGAAAAUUCAAAUCCACGGAGUCGUUAAAAUGAAGUUUGAUUCUCCACUUCCAGAAAAAGUUUCCGACACAAUUCUUGAGAAUACUUACUCCCAACUUCCAGAUUUAGCUGACCCUCAUUUUUAUCACCCUGUUAACAUUGACAUAAUGAUUGCUAAUGAUGAGAUGUCCAAGUCUGGAGUUUCCUCAUUAAAAGUUGGAGGCUAA